UAACUUAUUGUUGCUCCAACUGCUAGACAGACGUGUGUUUUAUUCAGUCUUAUUUCUUCAACCCCUGGUUUCUGAUUCGUCUAUACAAUUUUAUAGUUGUGUUUUCUUUUUUAGUGAUUUCAUCGCAUCCAGCCGCUAAUAAUUCGAAAACAGAAAUGACACUAUGGUGUGGCGAUUAUGGGGAGUACGUGAAGGAAUUCCCAACUCUGCAUCCAAUCACCUUGUUCGAUCCGCUGUCCGACGCCAAGGCAUUGCGAAUUGCCAUGAAGGGAUUCGGCACGGACGAACAAUCCAUCAUCAACAUUUUGUGCAAGCGAUCCAAUGCCCAGCGCAUGGCCAUCGCGGAAAUGUAUCACAAGGAAUUUGGUCGGGAUUUAAUUGCCGAUCUUAAGAGCGAAUUGAGUGGCGAUUUCGAGGAUCUCAUCGUCGGUCUCAUGAUGCCAAAGGAUAAGUACUUGGCCAAACAUUUGCGCAAAGCCAUCAAAGGGAUUGGAACUAGUGACGACGUUCUGGUAGAAAUCCUUUGCGCUUAUUCCUAUGACGAAUUAAUGAAGAUUGCAGCUACCUAUAAAAGCAUGUACGGAAAAUCUCUGGACGACGAUAUCAAGGAAGAUACUUCCGGGUCAUUUAGGCGAUUUCUUCUCAACACUCUCAAGAAAUGCACGGACUCGGUCAUGGAUGGCGGAGAAAAUACUUAUCACUCGGCCAAGGCACAAGAGGAAGCCAGAAUUCUCUUUAAAGCCGGUGAGGGUCAAAUCGGGACCGACGAAAACGCUUUCGUUGACAUUUUGGGUUUUGCCGCUCAAAGGCGUCGACAAAUUUCCGCCAUUUUUCAAGAGUACACCAAAAUAUCAGGAAAGACAAUUGAACAAGCCAUCACCUCGGAGAUGUCUGGCGAAAUUUAUAAUGGUUUACUUGAUAUGGUCAAAAUCAUCCGCAACCGACCGGCCUUUUUCGCUGAGCGUUUAGAAUUGGCCAUGAAAGGUUUGGGUACGGAUGACGACACUCUAAUCCGCAUCAUCGUCAGUCGCUGUGAAAUCGAUUUGGUUAAUACCAAGGUGGAAUACGAACGGGUCUAUCAUAAAACACUUCACAGCUCAGUCGAGAGUGAAACGUCUGGCGAUUACAAGCGAGCUUUGCUGGCUCUCAUUGGCCCUCCUUCUUUUAGUAGCGAAGUCGCAACUCCAUUAUUUUAUUUGUGAUCCGUCUAGUGAAUCGUGUGUUGACUUUUUACUUUGAAACCGGAAAACAUUUUUCGAUCGCCAUUAUCUUUCUUAAUAUUUAUCUUUCUAUCCGAUAAUAAAUU